UCUGCCCGCCGUUCCCUCGACAUCUGCCUCUUCGCCUUCUCCAGCCCGCAGCUGGGCCGUGCCGUCCAGAUCCUCCACCGCCGCGGUGUCCGUGUCCGGGUUGUCACUGACGCAGAGUACAUGGGGCUAAAGGGCUCCCAGAUCGGCUUCCUCCGGGAUGCUGGGAUCCAGGUGCGCCACGACCAGGAGAGCGGUUACAUGCACCACAAGUUCGCCAUCGUGGACAGGAGGGUGCUCAUCACAGGUUCCCUCAACUGGACCACCCAAGCGAUGCAGAACAACCGGGAGAACGUGCUGGUUGUGGAAGAAGCUGAGUAUGUGAAGCCUUUUCUGGAUGAGUUUGAAAGGAUUUGGGAAGAGUACAAUCCCGUGAACUACAAAUUUUUUUCCAAAGACAAUAAAUGA